CAGAUUAAGCUGAAUAAGCUUAACUCGUUUAAAUUCUUGUCUACUGUGAAAAUAAAAAAUAUCUUAAUUUUAAAGAAAUUUGAUAUCAAAGUAUAAACUGGCUUGACUUAGUGGUAGAGCGCGUAGCCUUUACUAUGUAUGCUCGAUCCCCACAAUAGUAUAUAUUUGGAAUUUGGAAUGUCCUGGCCACAUUGGCAUGGCGCCCACCCUCAUUCAAGGGGUCUUCACGGACGUCACACCACACCACCGUCGACCUUUAUGCCAAAGGAGGAGGUGUCCAUGUGAUUUGGCCAUCCAAAUCCAAAAUCAACAGCCAAGGAAUCCCAGCUGUCCCAAUCCACCGCACUUUCUCAUCUUUACUUUAAUGGCGCUCACCGCCCUUCCUUUUAUUUAUAGAAACAUAACUUCCUUUCAUGAAUUUCCACGCACCGAGCUUCUUUAUUUUUUGCUUCUCCCAAUGAAAUUCGAAGACUAUCUUAGAGAGAAAAGCAUGGCGCAGCAGAAAAAACAGGACCUCAAGAAUGAGGUUAUCCAAUUGCAAGCACAGUUGGAGGGUGAAGAAACACUUAAUAGGGUCUUACGCUGCGCAGUUGAUUGUCCUCUUUUGUCCUUCCCAUUUCUGCUCUCAUUGUUUCCUCCUCAUGUCCAGGUGCUCCUCGAAGAACUGGCAACGGUGGAGGAGGAGAUCCUUUUGCUCGAAAGAAAGGUUAAGGAGCUGGAACUUCAACUGUGCACGGAGAGAGAUCAAACCAGAGAAUGGGAACUUCAGCUUCGAAGAUUAUCUAAACAUAGUCAGUGCCCAAUUAUGUCGGGAUAUGGGUCAGUGAUUAAUGAGCAGAGGUACAGAUCGCACAAUUUUCAAGUAUUCACCAAAAGGAGAAUAAAGGGAGAUAGAACAGGCUCUCUGGGUUUUGCAUUAGAUAUACAUAGCCUGUUCACCACAUCCAGAAGGCCAAACAUCCCACGAGAGAUCCCAAGACAAUGCCAAACACAAAUAGCAAUGGGCAUUGAGAAAGCAAAUGAACUGUCAGAGGAACUGCUCAAAUGCCUGAUCGGAGUAUUUUUUGAACUGAACCAUGAAUCCUCCUCAGACAGAAAAGAACCAGACUCUAGUGCUACAAAACUUACCCUAUCGUGUAUGAAAUCCACUGGCUUCACUUGCAAAGCACCUUCAUUCCUUUCAAAUCCCAAUGUCUCAAGUGCAGAUCCUUAUGACAUAUCAUCGGAUUCAGAUUUCCUCGCAAGAGAUAUCGGGCCAUACAAGGACUUCAUUCACAUCACUAGUAGCUCAUUAUACAUCGACCGCUUUUCGCAUUGCUUACCUGCGUUCGGAAAAUUGAGGGUGCUGAUGAACAGGCUGUGCGGAGUGGAUUUGAAUUUCUUGACCAACAACCAGAAGCUGGCAUUCUGGAUUAACAUCUACAACGCCUGCAUAAUGAAUGCAUUUUUAGAUCAGGGGCUGCCGUCUACCCAGGACGAACUGUUAGCUCUAAUGAAAAAGGCGGCAGUGAAUGUGGGCGGAACAGUGCUGAACGCUUUGGCUAUCGAACACUUGAUACUUCGGCAUCCAUGCGAAUCAAAACACAGAGGCGCGGAUGAGAAGGAGAUGGCGGUGCAGGAGGCGUACGGGUUGGGGUAUCCAGAAGCGAACGUGACGUUCGGGCUGUGCAGAGGGACAUGGUCGUCACCAGCAGUAAGGGUAUACAGAGGGGAGGAAGUGGGGAAGGAGCUGGAGAGAGCAAAGGCGGAGUACCUGGAGGCGGCGGUUGGGCUGGGGAGGAGGCAUAGGAAGAUAAUAGUGCCGAAGCUGUUGGAGAGGCAGAUGCUUGACUUUGCGGACGACAUGGAGUCAUUGGUGGAAUGGAUAUACAGCCAGCUUCCUCCCUCUUCUUCUCUCAAAGCCCCCCUCUUCCACUGCCUGUCCUCCUCAUCAUCUUCCAUCCAGAUCCAACCUUAUCGUUCUCACUUUCGCUACCUCCUCCCCCUUCCCCGUGAACAACCAUGAUAUUUUUAUCUCUCUCUAUUUCUACUUUUUUAAACCCCCAAUUCAUGUAUACUUUUCCACUUACAAUAAAAUUGAUUCUGGAUCAGUCCCCGGCGAGGGUGACCCAAAUAAAAUAACUAAUGCACAGGACCGCACUGAUGGAUUUGGCUGCUUAAAGACGAAUAGACGAUCGUCCACCCCCCAACCCAACAAAAAAAAAAAAAAGAAGGACGAAUAGACGAUCGAUCACAAGAUUGGCAUUGCGCCCACUUUUUUGUAGUUGGGAUGGUUACUGGUCAUGCUUCUUGCGUCUUGCUCUCCUUCCAAAGCCAAAGAAGAAGCCUCCACCGAAUACCUCCUCCCCCACUUCCGCCCCCUUUCUUCUUCUCUCUCGAAUCCACGCUCGCGAUUUCAACCGUUUCUUCCUUAGAUAUCGUUUGCUUCCCUUCUUCCCGUUUCUGCUGCAUUUAGCUGACUAGCAUUCUGAGAUUCUCCGGGGUUAUUUUUAAAAGCCUUGAUGCCGGUGCGCCGGUGCAACUUAAUCUGAUGAUUAAUUAGUUGGCAUAUUCUUUUUGUGCAGGUUACUUUGUACUUAUAAUACUGAACCGAUUUUUCUUUUAAUCAAUUUGUUAAGGGUGAUGCUUGAACCUGUAUGAAACCUGGCAUGUCGCAACAGGAAACAAAAUUCUUUUCUCCCGUUGGGGUUCUCCGUUUUUUAAUUCGUCAAAAAACGAUGCUGUAGUACAGUUGAUAUUUGAUGGUCCUUCACAUUGUGUUCGAAAGCUCUGUCUUGGCACUUUACGUUGAUAUGCAAAAUGGUGAAUCACGACGACGACAAGGAUCUCAAAAGGCAGAGCAAGACUAUUUGCGUUCCUUCUAAAGGAACUUGAUUACAAAAAUCACAAGUUAAUAGAAAUGGAGCAAAAACAUAAUGUGACGGCUGCGGCUAUGCAAAAAUUAAUUGUGAACCUUAUGGAGAACAUCAGUUCCAGGGAAAGAUGCUUGCUGGAAGUGGAAUGCAAGUGUAACGAGUUUCUUACCAUGGUUAGAAACUUGAUGGAUGAAAGAAAUAAAAUGCAUGACAAAUAUCAUAACGGUAUAUUAUAUUUCUGAACACUGAGAUUGAAAUAUGUGGUGGAAAGGAGAAUGUGUUAUCCCUAAAUAUCGUUGUCCUACAUUUGCCCAUCUACGGUCUUGCAUUUGUACUAUGAGUUGUAAUUAGAUUUCUUAUUUCCGAAUGGAAAAACACAAACUUUUAUCUUUAUAA